AUGAUGCUCGGAUCUCUCAGAUAUGGGACAGCAGUUGGAUUGAUAUUACUAAACUUGCUGGUUCUUGCAACACAAGCCACGGAGGAAGGGAUCUUUACAAAUCAUCUCUUGGUUCAGUUGCAUGAAGGUGCACACGAUGAAGCACACCAACUUGCAACGGAGCACGGGUUUCAAAGCGCCCGGAAGGUAAGACAUAGGACAUUAUGUGCAGAAAAUUAGCAUCAUGUAGGCUAAUGGGUUGUUGAUUCGAUAUUCUUAUCAAGCCUAAAGCUUGAUUUGCAUUGAUGAACAUGCCCAGAUUGUAUUGCUAAACUCCACUUGAAAAACAUUAUAUUCCCAUUUUUCAUUUCGAAACGGCCUAGAAUAUUAUAAAUAUUAUUUUGGCUAUUAUUUUAGAAACAUAAAUACUUGUUUUGACUUCAAUUAAAACAUUUAAAUAGAUUGCAUAUUAUUUGAAAUAUGCCUAGGCCUAUUUGCUUUGUUUUUCAGACGACCAUCAAUUAAGUUGAUCUCCAUCAUUUAUUUUGUUACAUAAUAUCUCGGUUUAUUUGGCAUUAGCCUAAACUUCAUAUUCGAUACAUAAAUAUGACGUCAGCCUUAAUUUAUGCUAUAUUCUAACAUUUUCUUCGAAUGCUAUCACUGAAACUGUCAAACAGUUAAAUUUGGUCCAAAACUGCCACCAUAUUGCCACUACAUUUCUUGGCCCCCAGUCAUUUUGGAAAUUAUAAAUGUGGCCUUAAUAGAUUAUGUGAAUUAGGGCCGGCUAAUAGCAGCCUAACAUCAGUUCCACCGGGAUCAUCCUUGAGGACUCUGCCCACUCAAGACAUAAUUGAAAACUCAUUUAGUUAGUUGAUGACCUGUAGGGGUGGUAAUGCCUCAGCCUAAAAAAUAGUUGUUGUCAGUUCAUAAAUAUAGGUCUAUGUCAAACACUAUACCUACUGAAUGCUACAUAUCUCCAAUGGCUUGAAAUGAGAAGGCCUUAUCUAAGGAAUAGUAAAACACAUGAGGGAAAAGAGAUUCCUAGUCAGUUGCACAACUGAACGCAUUUAACAGAAAUGUGUCUUCUGCAUUUAGACCAACCCAUCUGAAUCAGAGAGGUGUGAACCAGCAACCUUUUGAUUACGGGCCCCACUCUUAACCGCUAGGCUACCUGAGCUGACGCACACCCAAAACAUGUAGAGGUGCUGACUAACGGAGGGUAAACUAUGAAAAGAAAGAAAGAAAGUUGCACACUCUGAAAAUGCUCCCAACAAUUUAAUGGGUACACCUAACCAACGUAUUGGCACAGAGUGCCUUCUUCAGGAUUGAAUAAAUAUACGGAUAUAAUCUAAGGAAUAAACAUACAUAAAGAUUCUGAUGAGGUCACUAUGUUUUCACACACACACACACACACCUGGUAACAGCUCUACAGACUAUCUACAGACUAUCAGUAACAUUUCAACUAUCUACUAACCCUAACCUUAACCCUUGUCCUAACCCUAAACAGAACCCUUAACCUAACCCUAGCCCUAACCCUAACCUUAACCCUUACCCUUAUUCUAAACCUAACCCUAACCGUAACCUUAGCAAGCAGUUGCUUAUCAAAAUAUAGUUUGUUGAUAGUAUGACCAUCUGUAGGGCAUCUACGGAUGGAAAGUCUGGAAUAUCCAAAUAAAGUGUGACCAUAGAAGAUCCUUUCACUUGCUAUGUGAAAGCCUGAGUAAAUUCUUAUCCUUGAGCCCAUUCAUUGAGCUUAUUUUGCACACACAUGUUCAAUUGCUAGAGCACUGGUGCUUUGUUUUGGAGUACAUGCCAAGGUGUCAAGUAAGCCUACACUGCAUUUGUGUGUUUGUUCCAUACACUUAGACUGAGCAUUUUCCGGGUCAGCAAGAUUAUCUAAGUAUUAUUCAGUUGAUAAUGUGUGCAUGCUCUUCAUACACUUUAUCAUAGAUCAAUUCAAUGAAUUCUCAAUGUAGAAAACCAUUUUAUCAGAAACCAGCAGAGUACUUUGUCUUCAGAUGUGGCAGUUUAUAAUUUACAGAAUAGUCAUUUAGCAGACACUCUUAUCCAGAGCGACUUACAGGAGCAACUAGGGUUAAGUGCCUUGCUCAAGGGCACAUUUUCCACCUAGUCAGCUCAAGGAUUCAAACCAGCGACAUUUCAGUUACUGGCCCAAUGCUCUUAAACAGCCCAGUGAAUGCAGACCUUGUCAUCACACAUCAAACACCUUAAGCAGCCAUUGAUGUCUCAACAGGAAAAAUUAUUCCCCUGACUGAACUGCCUUGUCAGAUGUCAGAAGAAGAGGGUGGGUGCAAUUGGCUGGGGAGCAAGGCACUGAGGCGAAGCAAAAAAUCGAGGGUAUUGUGGUGUUGUGAAUUAAGAUUUUCACUUCGGCAUUCAAAACAAUGGCAUGUCUCUCUUGGCUACUGAAGAUUUGAUGUGUAGUUUGACAUGGAUGAUUAAAUACUGAAUGUGUGUUGUUUUGACUGAGGUUUAAUGGCAGCAUCUCUAACUGGUUUCUGAAAGUGUCUACUUGCUAGUCUUUUUCCUUGUAGAUUCUAUCAUACAGUAGGCUACCCCCCUCCAUCCACUCCUUCACUGCUUCACACAUACAUCUUCUCUAGAUUAUGUCAUCUCCAGCUAUAUUUGUCUCCAUAGCACACACGCCAUUAAACAAUAUCUGUACAGUGACACACACACACAUUAAGCCAAUUCCCUAAUGUUUACUUUGAAUCACCAGCAUUUACUGUACGUAACACCCUAUGAAAAGGGAAUCCAGGAUAUAUUCUUGAACAUCCUCUCAUAUCGGCUAUUUACUGCCAGUCUUACUGGCUGAGUGGAGGGGAGCCUGGUAAACAUACAUUACCAUAGCUGCAUAAGCAUACUGAUUCACAUAGAUCCGACAGGCACAUUAGACUGUGUUUCAUUGAAAACUGUGACCUGGCACCACAGCCUUUAUUACAGCGUAUGGAGGUCUUUAAUCUGACUAAGGAGCCUUAGGCACCGCUCGUACCAUGCAUCUAAUUUCUUCCCUCUGUGAUUUAUUGUAGUUCAUUCAAGCAGUGCACACUUUCUUAAAAUAGACCCUGUGAUUCCACAGAAUGGAGUGGUGCUGACCCCCCCCCCCCCCCCCCCUCGCUCUGUCUCUCUCUCUCUCUCCAUCUCUCUCUCUCUCUCUCUCUCUCUCUCUCUCUCCCCUUCCUCCUUUUUCCAUUCUGUCAUUCACUCCAUUACUUUCUAUAUAUAUAUAUAUUUCUGUCCAUUGCUUACUCUUUCCUCUCUCACCUGUCUCCUUCCUCCAUCACUCUCUGUGCCUCCAUCAACCCCUCUCUCUCAUUCCCCCAUUUUCCUUUCCAUCCCUUCAUCUCUUUCCUCUCCCUCUCUCUUUCUUUCCUUCUCUCACGCCAUUCUUCUCUCUCUUUCCCAGCUCCCCUUUGGAGAGGGCCUUUUUCACUUCUACCCCCAGGACACCCCUCAGAGGAGGAGCAAACGCAGCCUUCGCCACAGACAGCGUCUGGAGAAAGACCGCAGGGUAAGUAAAACGCACUCGCAUGCAUGCAUGCAUACACACGCUCACAUGCACACACACACACACACAGAGUGGUUCCCAUGGAAACGGGCCCAGUUCCCCCGCCACUGCGAAAAAAUGAUUACAAUUUGAGGCUAGCUCGUCAAGGGACAUACUAGCCCCUAACAAGCGUAUCUAUCAAAGGUAUCAUCUUGUCUUUGCAUACAGUUGUAUUUUUUAAAUCACUCAUUCUUGUGCAGUAUGAAUAUGCUGAUUAG